AUGACCUCCAUUUGUAAGGAAUACUGGCAGUUCGUGCUGGCGCAGGGGAUACUAUGUGGGAUUGGCAUGUCCAUGCUGCAGGUUUCUGCCUUUGCGGCGGUGUCGCAGUACUUCCAACGAAAGCGGGCCGCUGCACUGGGCAUCGUCGUGUCUGGCUCCAGCAUCGGCGGCAUCGUCUUCCCUAUUGCCUUGUCCAAAAUGCUCAAUGACUCGCCGCUCUCCUUUGGCUGGUCGGUGCGCAUCAUGGCGUUUAUCGUUAUGCCCUUUCUGCUGUUUGCUGCGGCGACUGUCGUACCGCGGCUACCGCCGAGACAGACUCAAUUCUGGAUUAAGGAUGCCUUCAAGGAGGUCAAGUAUCUUCUGGUUAUUUUCUGCUUCUUCCUCACCGUGAUCGGAAUGCUGUUCCCUUCAUUCUAUCUCCCGACGUAUGCCGUGUCUACGGGGAUGAACCCGACUCUGGCAUCAUACCUUCUAGCCAUCCUCAAUGCAGCUUCAACGUUUGGCCGCAUCAUCCCUGGCAUUAUUGCCGACAAAUACGGGAGACUGAAUGUCUUUGGCCUCGGCGGGUUGAUGACGGGCAUUCUGGUGCUGAUCAUGACGACCGUGAAGAGUACUGCAGCACUGGUGUUGUAUGCUGUUGCGUUCGCCUUCUUUUCGGGGACCAUCAUUUCUGGAGCAUCAGCUGCCUUCUCAGUUUGCACAGACAAUCUACAAAACCUGGGUACGUACAUGGGGAUGGGCAUGGCUUUGGCAUCGACUUCGUCGCUGGUUGGGCCGCCGGUUGAUGGCGCGCUGUUUGACAGAACGAGGGCGUGUGGUUAG